AUGAGUUCUUCCGAGGUAAAAAGCCCAUCAUUGGUUACCACUAGCCUCUUAACAGUCUCCAUUAUCUUUCCCAUCCUUGGCACCAUCGCUGUCUGUCUCCGCAUUUAUGCUUCUUUUCUCAAAUCCAGGCGACUCUUUUUGGAUGAUUAUAUUAUCAUACUGGCCCAGCUUUGUGCGUGGGGAAUAUCUAUCGAUACCUUUACAGCAGCAUCGAUCGGAGGUGUAAACUAUACCAAAGGGGAUGUUAUCUCGGCCACGAUUGCUUUUCUCCGAGCCCUAUGGAUUGAAGGAUUCCCUCUUGUGGGCAGUUUGGCACUGGUGAAGAUAUCUAUUCUGUUAUUCUACGCCAGAAUCUUUGUCACCCGCCCAUUCCGCAUCGCAACAUAUACAUUUGUCGCUGUCCUAGCAUGUUGGGGUGUAGCGAUAGCCAUUGCACAGCUACUCUGUGCGAGCCCGAUCAACGCAGCCUGGGAUCCUUACGCCGUAAACCCUCUGCGCUACAACUAUAACGCCUUUUCCGAAGCGUUCGCAGGCAUGAGUAUGGUUUUUGAUAUACUCGUACUGUGCUUUCCGAUUCCAGCGGUCUAUCGUUUACAAAUGUCCACCCGCCAAAAGCUCCAAGUCAUGGGCAUUUUUUGGCUGGGCUUGUUUUGCUGUAUCUCCUCUGCUAUCCGCUUCUACUAUAUCUAUAGUGACAUUCACCAAUCUGUCGCUUCAAAUAAUGUGAACCGGUAUGCAGUCGUCACCACCGCCUUUACCUGGGGUACCAUCGAGCCCAAUGCCAGUAUUAUCUCUGCUUGUCUGCCGCUGUAUGGCAACCUGUUUGGGGGUGACAAGAAGCUGGGCUUCUAUAUCCGGAGUUGGUUUAGCCGUCUUACCUCGGGAAGCGGCAGCACUGGGGAUCAAAGUCGAGGAUCAAAAGCUAAGGCGUAUAAUUCAGUGGAUACAAGUGGCAGUUCUUCUCAUCACCGACGCGAGUGGCAGAAGCUGGAUAUCCGGACACAUCAUACGUCGGAUAUUGAGCUUGGGCACACAGUGACGGAUGAUCAGGUACCCUUGGCAAGGGAGCCACAGAUGCAAAUAAUGAUUAGUAGGAGCUUCAUACAGGAAACAGCAUAA